UAUUCCGAAUUCUUAGUAUCCGAGCCAAUAGCACCUCCAUCUUAAGACAAUUCGCCAUCGGGAACGAUAUUUACUAGAUUGUUUGAAUUCCACAUUCCCAUAUUUGAUGUCCCUCCCAUGGAGAAGAUUCAUUCCUCACAGGUUUAUUUCUCAAAAAUGAGGCUCCAACAUCAUCACAACAUAAAUGAUCUCGAAUAUAAAAUCACGAUGCAAUUCCGUCGUUUAUUCUUCCUUCGUACAUCAGGAACCAACUUGUAUACACUCUUUCUUCCAAACAAUAAAUAGUCUUAAAGACACACCACAUUCACUUACUUUAAAUCAAAGUUUUAUCAUUCAUCAUGAAGACUCAAGUCGUUCUUCAAAUUCUCUUGGCUACGGCCCAUCUCGCUGUUGCUCAAAGAGGCGACCAACCUGGAGGCAAUGGUAAUGGUAUUGGUGGACCAAAUGGCAAUGGCAACGGUCAAGGCAACGGUCAAGGCAACGGUCAAGGUAAUGGCCAAGGCAAUGGCCAAGGCAAUGGUCAGGGUAAUGGUCAAGGUCAAGGCAAUGGUCAAGGCAAUGGUCAGGGCCAGGGUCAAGGCCAAGGUCAAGGAGGCUAGUAUUUGUUGCAGCAUUUAUAACCAGAAAUGCUAACUUCUUCAGGCUAUUACCCACCACCAGCAAAGGAGACUUUGAUUUCCACAGCUAGUGGAUCUUCGAGCGCCGGUGCUAUUCAAGCUGCAAACUGCCAAUGUUACCCAUGGGGCGAUGGAGCAAGUCUAGAUGCCAGUACCUUACGUAAGAGAUCCGAUUCCUGUUCCCUAUCCACUCUAGGACUCUGACUGACAUAUGAAAUUUCAGAGGCGCAAGGUGCCAGCUCAAAUGCGGACUCCAGCUUCGUCCAUAUCAUAGACACCACUCCCCCCAAGAAGCCAUGGAAGAGACAACGUGGUGGAAAUGACGGAGACAAUGACGGAGACAGUGACAGACAAAACGGCGGUUGGAACGGCGGGUGGAAGCCAAAGACAACAACCACAUCAGCAGCUGCUGCUGCAUCAGCCUCAGUAGAUGCCACUCAAGUUGGUAUCAACGCAGCCGGUGGUGCUGGUACCUGGACAGGCCCAUAUGGCUCCGGCUCCUACGCUGGCCCAGCCGUCGGUGCCAACUACCAAGAUAUUGAUGGAAGCUGCGUAUGCCCUCCAGGCCAAAAGCCUUACCCCAAGCCAAUGGACGAUGCCGAGGCUAGUUCCGCCCCUAUCGCUCCAACCCCAGAAGCAACUGGACGUCCUGGAGGCAACAACGGCGGAAACAACGGAGGAAACAAUGGAGGAAACAACGGCAACGGUAAUGGCAAUGGCAACAAUGGUAACAAUGGCAACGGCAACGGCAACGGAAAUGGCAAUGGAAAUGGAAACCAAAAUGGCAACGUAAGAAACCCAGAAUCUUAAUUUCGAUUUUAACCUGGCUUUGAUAUCUCACAUGCUGUUUUCUCACAAUACCUUUGUCGCUGGGCGAAUACUAACUAUCAUAUUAUAGGGCAAUGCGAAUGGCAACGAAAAUGAAAAUGAAAAUGAAAAUGAAAAUGAGAACGAAAAUGAGAACAAGAACUUGAAUGUAAGGAGUCUUUGAUCUUACACUUCCUACCCUCCACUGUUUUAUAUCUUUGUUUCCAAGAAUAAUACUAAUUAUCUUGCACCAGGCCAAUGUCAACUCGAACACUAAUGUUAAUUACAAUGGCAAUGCCAACGAAAACAUCGUAAGUAGACUUAUUUAACUCCUGUUCCACCUCUCUCAUCGUCCAUCGUGAACAAUUACUGAUUCCACAAUGUGAAUAGAACAAGAACUUGGGUCUCAACCUCAACAGUCUCACCAACAGCAACGGAUGGGGACCAUGGUACGGAGGAAGCAAGGCUGCUGCCAUCGCCGCCGACCCAGGCGCAGCUGCUAGCCCUGCCGCCACACCUGCCUCUACCGACACUUUCGUCCCAGAGGCCUCCAAUGGAGAUGCCUCCGGACUUGAACAAUUCACCGGUGCAGGAAGCAGCAUUGCCAUCUCGGCAUGGGGAUUCCUCGCUGCCGUUUUCGCCAUCGCAAACGUUUUGUAGAUUGAGUAUCAGUAUACUUGAUCCAUUUCUUCCCUUUGUCUCUGGGAAUGCUCUAGGCCUUCUUUCUUUUCUUCUGGAUAUCGCGGGUUUGCGUGUUUGUUUGGGGUUAUUUUCAAUUCAUUAGCAAGACAUCUUUAAGGUUGUGUUUGCAUAUCAUAUUGGGGAUGAGUAGACGAGGCAUUUUUUGUGAUUUUAAUCUUUUAAUUGAAAAGCUGUUA